GUCCUUUUUUUCAUUUGAACAGAAGAAUAAUUAUUUGCACCUUUAUUCGUGAGUAAUUUCAAAUUAGAUUUAUCUUUUUCAAACUGAACUUUAGUAGUAUAUAACAAGUUAUUAUAACGUAAUUGUAAGCUGAGUUUUGUCAUAAAUACACGUGUUGUUAACACAUGAUUGUAUGAUGUAAAAACAGUAUUUAUUUUUCUAGAAAUAUUAAAAUUAAUGUUGCUCCUGCACGUUAAUAUAAUAAAUCUCUGUAUCGUGUAAUUCAUUUUAUUCAAUAUUAUGUAUAAAAAUUCUGUUUUCUAUUUGGUUAACGAACGUAAAAUAAGAAAUAUUUCAUUAAAUUUUUUCUAUAUUUUAGUCAGAUAUGUAUGUUUUAUUUUUAAUAAGAGAAUCAGUAAUAUUACGAGUAAUAUUUAUUUAGCUUGCAACACACAACGUAAUGUAUGUUUAUAUACACAUAUAUAGCUUUAUAUUAUGAUUGCUGGUGCAUCCUGUAUAUGUAUAUGUCGUUCGUAUCUUGUAUCCUUGUACCUACAGUCGUAUACGAUCCUGUUCCUACGUACCGUACCGAUGAAUAGCAGAAAAAAUGUGUAUACAGAUCGGAUCGGUGACAGAGCAAAUAUAGAUAACAUUUUUUCCUAUUCUUUUAUAUAAUGUAACAAUGUUUGAGAACACAAUUUGAAAAAAGAAGCGCACGGUUUUGUUUUGUUACUUCGAAGGAGAUUGGUUCAAAUUUCAGAAGGGACCAUUUUCUUACAAUGAAUAUAUUUAUAAACGAAAUAUGUGCAAUGUAUAACGUGCGAACGAAAAAGAAAAAUAUUUAAACACUAAAAGGAUUUUUUAAAUCUUAUUUUAUGUUUUCAAUUCGUGAUCGACAUAAGAAUGCGCCUUUUUUUUAGGUGCGCAUCUAAACAGAACAUAUGAUCCUCGUUGGUAGUCGUAACGUAGUAAAAAGCUACCAAAAUGUCAAGAAGGCAUUAUCAUGUAUUUUCGAUCCAGUAUCUCACGGUCUAAACUAAAAAUUGUGCCUUAUUAAAAACACUUCUUAAGAAAGCAUGGAACUUGCUCGAAAUCUUGUUACUUGCAAAUUAAAAUGCUAUCUUCUCAAAGCGCCGAAAAAAUAUUGUUUGCAUCAUGUAAGACACAUCAGAUUGGCAGAAGUGGGAAAAUUAGAAACACCAAAAUUACAAGGAAAGUAUGAAACUGGUCAAUUAAUUCUGCAUAGAGUAUUUGGUUACCGAGGUGUAAUAUUAUUUCCUUGGACAGCAAGAGUUUAUGACAGAGAUAUUCCAAAUAAAAGAGAAGGAAAUACAAAUGAUCACUAUAAUAGUGUGGGAAAAGAAGUAAAAGGUAGAACUCAUACCUUUUAUCAGGUACUAAUUGACCAAAGAGAUUAUCCUUUUAUACGUGCUCAGACAGAAGCUGUAACAUUUUUGAGUAAUCAUGAAAGUAGUCAUAGCUUAUAUACAGUCCCAGGAUUGGAUUAUGUUGCUCAUGAAGAUGUUUUGCCUUAUACUACAAAUGAGAAAACUGCAUUGCAACAUGAACUAUUUGACAAGUUCCUAGCAUAUAAUCCAAAUCAGGAUCCAUGUUUUGUUGCACAAGAAACCCUAAGAGCAUGGCAGAAAAAGAAUCAUCCAUGGUUGGAGUUAUCAGAUGUACAUAAAGAAACUACUGAAAAUGUUCGUGUUACUGUAAUUCCGUUUUAUAUGGGUUAUAGAGGAAAUCAAGCUACAGCUGCACACUGGUGGCGCUACUGCAUUCGAUUGGAAAAUUUGGGUGAUAUGAGUGUGCAAUUACGUGAAAGACACUGGAGAAUAUUUAGUCUUUCUGGCACAUUGGAAACUGUACGAGGACGAGGUGUUGUUGGUCAGGAACCUGUCUUAUCAAAAAUUUUACCUGCUUUUCAAUAUAGUAGUCAUGUGAGUUUGCAAGCUGCAAGUGGUCACAUGUGGGGUACAUUCAGAAUGGAAAGGGAAGAUGGAUAUGCAUUUGAUUGUAGGAUUCCACCAUUUUCUUUGGAAUCUAAAAUAGAAAAACCACCUACAGAUAUGAAUAUCAAUUCUUAAACAAAUUAUGUAAUGCGGUGUGGAAAGUGAUGGAAAAUAAAUAACACUAAAAAUUGAUGAACAAUAUAAACUUGCUAAUACAUGUGAUCUAUACUUAUAUAAUAAUACUUAUAUCGAUUGUAAUAUUUGAUUAUAAAUAUUAUGAGUAGAAUUUAAGCUGUGUAGUUUUUGGUAUAUAGUAAAUUUAUAACAAAUAUUUUAUCAUGUUAUUUUAAAUAUAGUAAGAUCUGUUACAAAUAGAUAUAUGAAUAAAAUAUAAUUGUAUAAAUAUA